GAAAGUUGGGCCGAGGGAGGGGCCGGGAAGAGGGAGGAGGAGGAAGAGGAACGGGCCGGACGGCGGCAGCUCUAGGUUGUUCGGCGGCGGCGGCAGCUCCGGCGUCUCCGGCUCUCUUCCUGGCGGACGAUGGACAGCCAGGGCAGGAAGGUGGUGGUGUGCGACAACGGGACCGGGUUUGUGAAGUGUGGCUAUGCAGGCUCUAACUUUCCAGAACACAUCUUCCCAGCUUUGGUUGGAAGACCUAUUAUCAGAUCAACCACCAAAGUGGGAAACAUUGAAAUCAAGGAUCUUAUGGUUGGUGAUGAAGCAAGUGAAUUACGCUCAAUGUUAGAAGUUAACUACCCUAUGGAAAAUGGCAUAGUACGAAAUUGGGAUGACAUGAAACACCUGUGGGACUAUACAUUUGGACCAGAGAAGCUUAACAUAGAUACCAGGAAUUGUAAAAUCUUACUCACAGAACCUCCUAUGAAUCCAACCAAAAACAGAGAGAAGAUAGUAGAGGUAAUGUUUGAAACUUACCAGUUUUCUGGCGUGUAUGUAGCCAUCCAGGCAGUUCUGACUUUGUAUGCUCAAGGUUUAUUAACUGGAGUAGUGGUGGACUCUGGAGAUGGCGUGACUCACAUUUGCCCAGUGUAUGAAGGCUUUUCUCUCCCUCACCUUACCAGGAGACUGGAUAUCGCUGGGAGAGAUAUUACCAGAUACCUUAUCAAGCUGCUGCUGUUGCGAGGAUAUGCCUUCAACCAUUCUGCUGAUUUUGAAACAGUUCGCAUGAUUAAAGAAAAAUUGUGUUAUGUGGGGUAUAAUAUUGAGCAGGAGCAGAAACUGGCCUUAGAAACCACAGUAUUAGUUGAAUCUUACACACUCCCAGAUGGCCGCAUUAUCAAAGUCGGGGGAGAGAGAUUUGAAGCACCAGAAGCUUUAUUUCAGCCCCACUUGAUCAAUGUGGAGGGAGUAGGUGUUGCUGAAUUGCUUUUUAACACAAUCCAGGCAGCUGACAUCGAUACCAGAUCUGAAUUUUAUAAGCACAUUGUGCUUUCUGGAGGGUCUACUAUGUACCCUGGGCUGCCAUCACGGUUGGAACGAGAGCUUAAACAGCUUUACUUAGAACGAGUGUUGAAGGGAGAUGUGGAAAAACUUUCUAAAUUCAAGAUCCGCAUUGAGGACCCCCCCCGCAGAAAGCACAUGGUAUUCCUGGGGGGUGCGGUUCUAGCAGAUAUCAUGAAAGACAAGGACAACUUCUGGAUGACUCGACAGGAAUACCAAGAAAAGGGUGUCCGCGUGCUGGAGAAACUCGGGGUGACUGUUCGAUAAACUGCAGAGCUUGUUCCCGUCACACCCCUAAUGCUUUCUUUUUUUCCUUUAUUGCCAAUCUUUGAACUCAUUCAGCUCCAGGACAUGGAAGAGGCCUCUCUCUGCCUUUUGACUGGAAAGGUCAGGUUUUAUUCUGAUGUCUUGGGGAAGCUUUGUUAAAUUUUUGUUAAUGUGGGCAAAUCUGACUGUUUAAUUCCACCACUUCCCUACAAACACGAGAGGGCAGGGGUCCUGACUGCUGCUCUGUUUCUUCUAAGUAGGUGUUUAGAUCACUCCUGUAGGCUUCCUAUUUUCACUUUACUGCUCUAAUGCUGCUAGUUUUAGUCUUUAGCACACUAGGUGGUAUGCCUUUAUUAGCGUAAGAAAAAAAACCUUAACAGGAGCUUUUACAUAUUAUUGGGGUGGGGGUGGUCGGGGCUGGGUGGGCGGCAUCUGAACCCUUUAUGGUGUUUCCUCUGUAGUGUGGAGCUUUCAGCGGUUACUGCUACAGCUUUAAGUACCUUAAAGCUUCUGGUUUUAGGAAAAUGUGUUAGGCUCAGAACUAGAGUGUUUGGUGUGGGUUUUUGCGUGGAGGGAAGGGGUGGUCUUUUGAUUUUAAUUUUUUGAUUUUUGAGCUUUUCUGCUCUGGGGUACGUAAGAUGAAUUUUAUUUACGUAGUUUGAUCUGGCAGGUUUUCUACUUUGGUCUGCCUGAAACUGUUUUCAUCUGAUGUAAAAAGCAAGCGUAGUGUCCCAUUACCAUGUGGCUUAAGGAUUUAUUUUUUUUUUAAAUCAGCCAUGUCAUCUAGAGCUAGACUCCCAAUCUAUCAAUGGAAAAGUAACAUUGAAAAAAUGCUUUUGGAAAUUCAGAUUACAGGCAAAAAGUGCUUAAGAGCUGGUAUUUUCUAAGUGCUUCUGUUUAUGCCAGAAGCAUUAGGGUAACCCAGUGCCAAGUACCGUUCUUGCAAAUUACUCUUUUAUAUAACUGACCAGUGCUUAUUUGAUUAAAAAAAAAAACCAAUAGACACAUAGCAGGAAUUACUGGCAGUGGUUGUAAACCGUUGGGGUGAAAGUGACAUGGGAGUGUGGGGCUUGUUGCCAGUAGUUCUCACUAGUUUUUUUGUUGGUAUGUUUGAUUUGAAACUUCGAACUGAGUAAAAUUGGACUAUUUAAAAUGUUGGCCAAAAAAAAAUCAAGACUUAAAUGUGUAUUUGUGCUGAAAAACGAAUCAUAACUUCUAAAUCUCAGCCAUCUUAUGCUGGAAAGAAGAAUUGUUGGUAUUUUGUAAAAGUUAGCAGACUAACCUGUCAGAAGAUCAUAUUUAUGAAUCCGUUGGUAUUGAUUGCUAUCUGAAAAAUAUCGAAUAGUACUCAGACUUGAAUUCCUUCUAAAUUUGAAAAAUAAAGUAAUAAAUUGUAUCACGUGAAGUACAAAAUGCAGGUUCUGGGAAAAAAUGUUUUCCUUUAUUUCAAAACAUUCUUUACUAAUAAUGAUUUUGAAAGAAGAAGCUACUUUUUGGUGACUGAAAUUGGAGAAAUUACUGGCUUGUAGCAUCUCUUUUGUGAGAAAACUUAAAAAUCAGUUUACAUGAAAUAAGCAGCAAAAGAAGGCUGGUUUUAAUUAUGCAGUUUCUGUUAAUAUUACAUAUUUUUUGUCUGUUUUACCUCAAUUUGAGCAAAUAAAAGAAGUUUGCCUGCAUGCUGGACAUGCUUCAGUACACAUGAUAGCCUGUGAAUAACGUCUAUUAGAUUUUAGGGACGUGUCGGAGUCACUUUGGAAUUCUAAAGUGUUCCUAAAUCAUGUUCUUAUAAAUCCCCCCAGGUUUUUGAGUACAGUUGUUAAAGGACACAGAUGUAGGAUUGGUACCUACUAGUUGUUGAUUUCAGGUAAAUGGAUUGACUCUCGCUUGACCUUUGGUCAUUUUAAAAUAUGGGGGUAGAAGACAACAAAGCCUGGGAUAGACUCUUAAAUAAAACAGUGAAAGCAUUUGUCAUUUGUCCCUUGAAUGUAGAAUUUGGUUUUAAUUUUACAAUUCUGCUAGCAAACAUGACAGUUAAAAUGAUGUAUUAAUAUAUAGCAAGAGUAUAAUUUUUAAAUUACAUUUUAUAAUUUUCGUAUUCCAAGGUGAAGUAAUGCAUUGCGUAAUUUUUUGGGGGGUGGGGGAAGUAUUAUGUUUAAUUGGAGUUGUCAAGCGUGAGUCCCUCAGAAAUAAAAAUUUUUUCUGUUUUAAAAGAGAUCUGAUUUAUAGCUCUUGAAAACCAUUACUAAUACUUAAAUUUCCAAUAAUGAUUAAAAUUCUUUUCUUUUAAAAUUAGAAUUGCCCAUGCCUUGAUCUUUGAGGAGGGUUUCUUAGAAAUAGAUCCUACAUUUAAAGUUCUUUCUUUAAAAUGUGGUGUUGAUGUUAACUUUCACAGUUCUGAGCACUGUCAACAAUAUCUGGAAAGUAUUUUGAGAGAUCAAUGGAAAGCUAAACAUUCUAAAUUUAACAUGAAUACACUUUUUGAUUCAGAAAAUAAAAUCAGAUUUUUCAAAGUAAA